AUAGCAAUUCUCAGAACACGAGCUAUAGUACGCGUGUCCGAAAGGAUGUCGAAAUGUUGUCUUCUUUGCUAUCAAAAGUGUUUUUUGUUGGAUAAAUCAAUUUUGCGAAGCGCUUAAGUAGUUGAAGGUACUAAUAACAACAUAUAGUUAUAGUUCUCCUCGCGGCGUUUCGGCUGAAGCACGUUAUGGAUGACGGAACUGUUGACAGAAACGCCGAAACGUCAGAAAAUGCAGAAGUUGAUAGAACUGCUGGAACGGUAGAUCCCGAUGAGGUCGAUCGCAUUGGAUCAACACAGGAGGAUGACGAGGAAUAUCCAGCUAUAAUCAUGCACAUCCAUCCUGUGCUGGAGGACAARUCAAGCCUGUUGCAUGGUUUCACCAAGAAACUCGAAUCCMMAAUCAUGUCCUUUCAAGUAAAUAAGGAAUUGAUGUUUGGGAGAGGUGAAAAUGUUACGAUAUUAUUCAAUGACCCAACAGCAUCAAGAGAACACAUGACCAUAAAAGCCUUGCUCACUCCAUCCUCACAAGACAACCGUCAAGAGUUGCAGUUCAUGGUUAAAAUCCUGAAGCUAAUGAAAGUCAAUGGCAAAGAUGUGAAUAARGGUGAAGAGAGGAUUUUGAAAUCUCGUGAUGUUUUGCAAAUUGGUCAAAACACAUUUACCGUGGAGAUACAYCCSCAUAAUGUGUACAAGACUGACAGGUAUCUACUAGAAGUGAGACUAAUGGAARCUGCUGUUCAAAGUCAACCCCAACCAUCAGGAUUGCCUUACAAUAGUUGCAUAAACCCAGCAAUGCAACAAAUGCCUUCAGGAGGGGUYAUCCCAYCAGUACCAGCCUUCAGUCAGCAAUUUAUGUCUYUYCCCCAACAAAACAGUGUGCUUAUGCAMCAGCAAGUGGUGCAAAUGCAUGGGAUGCAAAGUGCACCAUUUUCACACCCAGGAGUGUUUCCUUUACAACAACCAGGGAUGCCAACCAUUUCUACGGUUUUCAUUCACAAAUUGCCCAACAACGUCGAGAUGCAUAUGCAGGCCAAAUGCCAUGUGAAAAUGAAGAAAGGCCUCAUAAUAUGUCCAUUGAGGAAACACAUCCACCAGACCUCUCAAAGGGAACUUCUUUUGAAGAUACCCACCCACCAAAACAAUGAUUCAUAAUUUCUUUUGUCAUCUUUAAAAGACUUUUGCUUAAUGUUCUUUUAAUUAUUUUUAUAUUUAUGUUCAUUCUUUUUUAUCAUGACCAAUGCAACCCCAUUAUGUAUUUUUAAGUAACAUUUUCAACUUUUUAAGGUCCACUUGCAUCUGAGAAUCUUUGCAAUCAUUUGCCUAAUUGUUAUAAAAAUGAUCUAGUAUUAUUACACAGUAAAAGUUGCUUUCUGAUUGGUUAAAAUCAAAGAUGACAAUUUUUCAUCUGGGAAUAUGGCACAAAGGUUCAAUUUCUUUAUGCACAUGGACCUUUCAAGUUCAUGGGAAUUUCAAAAGUGCCCUGAAAAACCACUUUUUCAAAACGAAACAAAACACUUUUCAAGGAGUUUUGUAGAUCAAAAAGCCUGCACAAGAAGUACUUGUUGUUUAGAGCAAAUUUAGUAUGACGUAUACAACAGCAAAGAUCAUUCCACAGAGACAAUGGGGCACGGUUGUGGAACCCAACAUGGUAGCUAAUGAAUGCAAAUAGAAAUAAUGAUCGAAGAAUACAAUAUUAUCAUGCCAGGCCGGGUACGUCCACACCAUGAAAGUGUUCUUUGUUUUGUUCAGUCAUAAAAAAGCUGUUCAAAGAGGACUGCUCAGUCAAGUUAGGCAAUCACUUCUUAGUAAUUAGAACAUAAUUGACAUGUAGUGAUUGUACUUUAUAUUUUAUUACUAUUGUGAAUUGAUGCACUGUGAUAAUUAUCACAAAAAGGAUGAUGUAUUUCAUUCAAAAUAUGCAAUUUAGACAUCACAAAUCUAGCAAAUGAUAUGUAUGUGAAUUAGAUUGWUAACCAGUAAAAUAGUAAAUCAGAGUAGUCAUCCAAGACAAAAUACAAAAGAACUUAAUGCACAAUGAUGUGAAAUACUAAGACCUAGUGUCCAUAUACACAUCAUCCAGCCCUUAAAAACUUAAGCAACAAUGGCAUUUUUUUGGCGUUUGGGGCAAUCAUAUGGACACUAGACACUAUAAGGAUUACCAAAAAUAACAUUCUGAAYGUGUAACAUGUUCUAAAUAUAAUUUAGAAUAGAAUAUGAUUUUUAAUAUAUGUUUUUAAUUAGGUCACAAAUUGAAUUAAUGUAAUUAGGGAUACAUGUUCAUGUAAUAGGAAAUACUGUAUAGUUGGUUCCAAAAAGGUUAUGUCAUCAAGCUAAAACAGAAACAAAGGAGCAUGUGGAACCAAAUAAAACAUUUCUCAAUAUUCUUCCUUUAAAAUCAUUUCAAGUGGUGUUUUAACAUAUCUAAGGCAAAUGAUGUUUCCGAGUACCCAGAAUCCCUUUUGGUCUUAGCUGUAUGAUGAUAUUACCUAUCUGUGACCAGGCAAUAUUUUACAUAACUAGCUAAUAAUAAUAUUAUACUAUCAGUGAAAUAUUAUUCUCGCACAGCAAAGUAUUCACAUUGAAUKAUAGUGCGUCAGAGGAAUGUUUGUUGUUUCUCUGCUGUACUUGACAGCAAUAAAAUUAUUAUUUUAUUUGA